AUGUCUGAUAUUGAGUCCAGAAAAGCAAAAGUGCAAAGAAUGAGAAACAAAAUAUCUAAACUUGACGAAACCUGUGAUAAAAUCCAAACCCAAGUCACAAAAGUAAAAAGAAGCGCGCAACAGUUUGCCGUAAGCAUGAUUGCUGUCAUCGAAGCCAAGAAACAGGAAAUCUUUUCUGAAGCGGAUCAUGAGGCACAACAGUACCUGGAACGUUUGCGAAUACAAAGGAUCGAGAUUGAAAACAAAGUAGAAAUGGUCGAAACAGCUCUAGGAAAAUCUGAAACACUAUUACAACGGAGCACAAACGCAGAGCUUGCACAGUUCGAUGACUCACAAAACACAACACUCUUGAAAGGAAUUGAUGAUGAGAGAGAAGAAGUCGACUGCAACCUUGAACAUUUAACAUUUAUUUUCGAGGAAAACAAAGCUUUGAAGACAAAAGCAAUCCACGAGGGAAUCGGCUCCAUUAGAGCGUUUCUCAGCCAGACCAGAGCGGAUCAAGCAACUGCUGAAGGAGAAGGACUCACUGAGGCGAUCGUUGGAAUUCAAGCGAAAUUUGUUUUGACGACAAGAAAUGCUGAAGGACGACAAUGCCACGACGAGCGUAACCGAGUAACAGUGGAAAUUAAAAAUCAGCAAGGCCUUGACUGUGCGACGGAAGUGCGAGUCCAAGAUAUUAAAGAUGGUAGCUAUAAAGUGGGUUAUUUUUCCAAAGAAACUGGAAGAUGUAAGGCAGAAGUUAAACUAAACGAAGAACAUGUUGCAGGCAGUCCAUUUCCGGUUCGAGUGAAACCCAGAAAAUUCAGACUCCUGCUAUCUUUUGGACAACGAAGUUCGUCUGCUGGAGUGUUAAACCUACCCUGGGGAGUGGCAGUGAAUGAACGCGAUGAAAUUGUAGGGACUGAACUCGGUAACAGCAGGGUUCAAGUAUUCAGUAGUGAUGGAACUUACUUACGGUCGUUUGGUAGACAAGGUAAUAAACAGGGAGAAUUUAAUGGCCCAUGCGGAAUAACAAUACAUGAGACUAAUAACAUUAUAGUCGUGGACAGAGGUAACCACCGUGUUCAAUUGUUCAGUGAGCAGGGUGAGUACCUGAGCCAGUUUGGUGGUGAGGGAAAUCUUGAUCACCAGCUGUCUAAUCCUCUCGGUGUAUCUGUAGAUACUAAAGGCAAUAUUAUUGUUGCUGAUAGCGGUAACAAAUCAAUUAAGAUCUUUUCUCCUGACGGCCAUUAUUUAAGUAAAUUCGGGGGUGAGGGUUCUUUUACCUAUCCCUUUCACUGCAUACAAUAUGACAAAUAUCUGAUAGUGUCAGACAGAGAUGAACAUUGUAUCAAAGUGUUUGAUAGAAAUGGUUAUUUUUUAUACAAAUUUGGAAAUAAGGGGGAAGGGGAUGGAGAGUUCAAUAAGCCUUGUUAUUUAUCAGUUAACAAGGCAGGACACCUGAUGGUCUGUGAUACAUGGAAUUACAGAGUACAAGUAUUUGAGCUAAGUGGAAAAUUUGUAACAAAAUUUAAAUCAAAAGGAGAGAAAAAAGGAGAAUUUAAUUUCCCUGUCUCUACUGCAGUGCUCAGUGAUGGUCGAAUAGUUGUAUCUGACUGUUGGAACCAUCGCAUUCAGAUAUUUGAAUAGACAUAACAUCCUUAUGCCUUACCAGAUUUGAGCUCAUAUUUUCAAACUUUUAAACAUUAAACUGCUUUCAACACGUGAUUUAUAUUCUCUGUAAGAAUCUUCUGAAUGGUCAAUGAAACUACAACGCUAUAGUUUCAAUUAAUGCUACAUCCAAGAUAAAUAUCUUGUUACACCUAUUUUAUAUGAUAUUGUUAAUUAAGUAAUUACAGAAUUUACUACUAUUGUCAUAAAACAGAUCAUCUCCUCCACUGGUUUAACUCACAAAAAGGCUCCAAACUCAAAAAUUGUAAAUAAUCAAACAGUAGAAAUGUGUCAUUAAAGUAUUUAUGAUUGCAUUUGCAAACUUUGCUGUAUAGUAAUCACUUGGCAAAAACAAAAAGGAGUGAUUUGAAACUUUCCGACCGAUUUUAGUCCAAUAUAUCUGGGAAGGUUACAAUUAUACCUCAUUUAUUAUGAAAGAAAGCUAAGAUGAGAAAAACCUUAAAAAUGUUUUAGGAUUUGGGGUAGUUUCCGCCGUUCUGUCUUUUAGGAUUUCGGGUAAUUUUUCCGCCGCUUCGUCUCUAAGGACUUGGGGUAAUUUUCCGCCGUUCGGUGUUAAGGAUUUUGCGAAGUUCACUGCCAUUCCACCAUUCUGUCAUUCCACCGUUCCGGUGUCCUAGCGGAUUUAGACUUCCCGGUCCAAAUCCGCUAGGGGAUAUGAACCCCCCUCCGCAGAUUUGGACCCCCCCAACAGAACCGAGUGAAAACAUCAUCCUUAACGUUCUCGUAGAAAUAGAUAAUACUUUCCGUUUCAGUGCGUACUGAAGUAUGUUUUUAAUUCAAAAUAUGCGUAUCGCCGAUGCAUACGAACUGGCAGCUAGAAUUGAACCGUCGGAUUUUUCUUUUGACCAAGGGAAAAUGUGCAAGCAUUUUGUUCAAUGUUCGGAGAAAGGUCGUUUUUGAACCUUUUCCGCGAUAGUCGAACACCGCUAGAUUAAGUAAGAUACAAACUUAUGACACUUAUUUAUUUUGUUAUUGUUCAAUGCCCAAGUGUUGAGACGACAUGGUACACUGCAAGUUUGUUAUUUCAGAUCCCACAACAGUUAAUAAUCGUUAAAAUUAGAAAAUAAGAUUGAGUUCGAUGAAAUAGUCUCCACUUUUGUUAAGGCGUAGACAUUAAUGUUGAUUUGCAUCUGAAAAUAAGCUGAGAGUUCCAAUAGCUCAGAAUAGAAACAUUUUUUCUUAUAAUAGGCUUUACGAACGACUUGUAGUAGGAGUUGUUACUUCGUUCUUGUUCAGAAACUGUUUAAUGUUAUUUAAUUAGAAAAUCAGACUGAGUUAUUUUUGUGACUGGACGCAACAGUCACCACUAUUAUUAUGAAGUUUCGUAUCAAUGUUGAUUCGCAUCAGAAGAAGCAAAGAUUUAUUGUUACAAUUUCAAUCGUUCUGUGACACCGGCUUUAAGGGUGCCCUUUCCGGUGAGAUGUCUAAAAAGCACCUCGUGGAAGGUAGCGACCGAUCAAAUAACGUAUUUGCUUCAAUCUCAUCUGAAAUUUCCACAUAAAUCGGAAAUGUCUCGUAAUUGCGGAAGUCCUGGGUGA